UUUUCCAAUCACAUACGCCAUUUGAAUUAGUCAAAAACUUAUCACAUAUUCUUCGAUUACAUAUUUUUUCAACAUAUACUACACCCAUAUAUUUUGUAACUAUUCAUCAUAUUAAUUAAUUAAAUGGCUACAAUAAAACCAUUUGUGGCUCCAACCUCCGGCGACCAACCAUGGGUAGAUCAAAUCAGACAAACCUUGAAAACACAACUUUCAGUCGCUAUAGAUACACCUUCAGUUUCCAUCUUCUCAGUCCCCAAAAUUCUAAAAGAAGAAAAGCUAGAGGCUUAUGAGCCUCAACUCAUAGGGCUCGGUCCGAAACAUCAUUUUCAGACCGAGCUCUACGAAAGAAUGCAACAAAACAAACUCACCGCGGUCAAAAGAGUACUAAAACCUUUACAAAUCCCCGAUAUUGAAGACCAAAUUGCCGAUAAAAUCAAACAAGUCCUUCCUGUCGUUUCCGCUUGUUACGAUCGAUAUCCUGAAGUCGAAGACGAAGCCUUAGCUUGGCUAUUCGCUAUUGACGGUCUUUUAUUACUUGACCAACUUACGGCUUAUAUAGAUUACGGUUUAGCUAUAGAUGAAAAAGAUUUAAUCAUGUUGGAAAACCAAAUUCCUUUAAUCGUCUUAAAAGAAAUCCAUAAGGCGAUUUGUGGCGAAAAUGCUGAUGGGGAAGAUUUUUGGGAGUCAAAGUUUAGAUACUUUUGUAAGUCGAAUUCCCCUUUUCUUCUUUCGAAAGAGAAUAUUGAAUUUAAUCGAGUAAACCAUUUACUGGAUUAUAUGUACCAAUCUAUUGUGAAUAACGAAAAAUCGAGUUCGAUGAGUGUUAGUUUUAGGAAACCGGGAAGUGUUCCGGAUGUUAAACCCGCAACCGAGGAAUUACUAGAAGCUGUUAUUCAAGCCGCGGGUCUGAUCCCCGGGGCUAAGCCUUUUUUAGGAAUACUCGAAUCUAUUGAAAAACUUUUAUACGAAAGUAAUGACGAUAAAACGAGUAUUCAAGAAAUUAGAGUCCCUUCGGUUUCAGAACUUCGGGAUAUCGCGGGAGUGAAUUUCCGGUUGUCGCCAGGGGAUGAAGGGAUAAGAAACGUUGGUUAUAUCGACGGCUUAUGUUAUUUACCCGUGAUUACGUUAAAUUUUGAUUCGGAAGUCAUAUUAAGGAAUUUGGUUGCGUACGAAAAGUUAAUGACCAAAAAUAGUUAUAUGGGUGGGUUUGGGCUUGAACUAACCGAAUAUGUGGAUUUCAUGUGUGGGAUAAUUGAUAAUGCUAAGGAUGUGAAGUUGUUACGAGAAGAAAAGAUCAUACAAGGCAAUUUGCGCGAUGAGGAGAUCGUUGCGUUGUUUAACGGGAUAGGAAGGUCGCUAGGGAAUAUGAGUGGCGAGUCUAACUUUAGGAAGACCGUGGCUGAGUUAAACAAGGUUUAUGAUAGUGUACCGAGUGUUCGGUUCAAGAAUGAGGUUGAUAAGCAAGUUCGGGCUUCGGCUAAGGCUCUUACGUUCCUUGUUAGUAUUUCGGGCACUUUGGUCUUGGUUCGUGAGGCGGUAUCGAAGAUUAGCCCGGAUCCAUCCGGGAUGUUGGGUCAGUUUCUUUCGGAGCAUGUUGGAGUAUUUUCUUCCUUGAUUCAAUAGGUAGUGCCAUGCUCUAUUUAAAAAGAUUGAGUCAUUUUUUUCAUUGUUGGAAUUUUCUGCCCAUUAUUAGUGGUUUAAAGUUUGAUUAUGACUCAUUAACUUCUUAUGGUUAAUAAAUAUGAAGCCAACCAUUGCAAU